AUGAAUCCAUCCAAGAAAAAGAAGAAUAGUUUUUCACGCAGUAGUAGGUUCCGGAGAGCAUGGAGAGGUGAACGCCGGAAGAUUAUGACUAAAGCUGGAGAGGAACAAAGGGGUGGUGAUGGAAUACAAUUUCAAUUACAUUAUCGAGGACUAACCAUUGAUGCUGAUAGAUGGGUGGAAGAAAGUUCGAAAUGUCAAUAUUUACCAGAAGAUGAGAUGAUUCUACUCUGUGAUAUGUUGGUUACUCGUCUAUCGCAUGAAUCGAAUGUUGUUGAAAUAAGUUCACCAGUGACUGUUUGUGGUGAUAUACAUGGACAAUUUUAUGACUUGUUAAAAUUGUUUGAAACAGGUGGCCGUGUGCCAUCUACCAGAUAUGUUUUCAUGGGCGAUUACGUUGACAGAGGGUACUAUAGCUUGGAAACUCUGACAUAUUUGUUCACAUUAAUGCUCAGGUAUCCAGAAUCAAUAACACUUUUGCGAGGAAAUCAUGAAUCUCGACGUAUUUCAGCUGUUUAUGGAUUUUAUGAUGAAUGUGUACAGAAAUAUGGACAUGCCAUGGUUUGGCGAUGUUGUUGUAAGGUAUUUGAUAUGUUACCUGUUGGCGCUCUAAUUGAUGACCACAUUUUAUGCGUUCAUGGUGGAUUAUCACCGGAAAUCAAAACUCUUGAAAAGAUGUUUAUUUUGGACAGAGCUGUUGAAAUUCCGAGCAAAGGUGCUUUAUGUGAUUUAGUAUGGUCUGAUCCGGAGCCAACGGAAGAGGGAUGGGAAUUAAGUCCAAGAGGUGCCGGAUGGCUUUUCGGUCAGGAGGUAACUAAACGUUUUAUGCAUACCAAUGACCUUACAUUAAUAUGCCGGUCUCAUCAGCUGGUGCUGGAGGGUUUCAAAUAUAUCUGGGAUGACAUGCUAUGCACCGUCUGGUCUGCGCCAAAUUAUUGUUAUCGUUGUGGGAAUGAAGCAGCAAUUCUUCAAAUAAGUUCAAAUGAACGUCAAGUAAAAUACUUUGAUGAAGCCAGUGAUAGUGAGCGUGAAAAACCGGAUCGUAUUGUUGCACCGUACUUUUUGUAAACAUUUCAUUCAGCAGAUUUUUUGAGAAAAAUUUCUUCAUUCUCUUAUGUCAGAUGCCGGCUUUUUUGCAUUUUUGCGAUCUCUUUUUCAAUUUUUUCAUCGUGUUAAUGAAGAAUGCUAGUGAUGUUACAAUACUUUUUGCAGAUAAACCAAAUUUACUUAGAUAUGUUUUUUCCCGUCUUUAUUUCGUUUUUUCUUUUCUAUUGUAAGCAAAAAGAGACGUAAGUG